AUGAACUAUUUCCAGAAAAUAAAGACCGCGUCUGGGAAAAACUACUCUUCAAUUUUUAAAUUCACUGGGCUCUUUAUUGCUUACAAAAGUUAUUGAAUGUACCAGCAUGACUCUGCAGACCAGAUCAUCUCUUAUAAACCAAUUAUGGAAGAUGGAAGAGAUAACACUUUGGUAGAAGACUCUGGACUUUUGGUCGACAGGUUCAGGCCUUCCUUUCUAGUUCUAUCCGGAUUAGGACAAAGUAUCUAUGGGGCUACUAGAAGAGGGAAGCGCCCAGGAUAUCAAAAUGAACUUCUGAAGCUUCCUGAUGGAGGCCAGAUUAGGCUGCAAAGCAUCAUUCAUCCAGAUAACGAUAAUAAGGGUGUUGUGGUAAUCAUUCCUGGGAUAACAGGCGAUGGCUAUAAGAAUUACGUAAUCAACACGGCAAAGAAUUCUAUCAAGAAUGGAUAUAGUGUGUACAUUGUUAACCAUAGAGGAUUGUGAGAUACACCCUUAUCUACUCCCUUGACGUACCAUGGAGGCAGUUCAUUUGAUACUAAAGCUGCUUUAGAGCACAUUGUGUCUGAGCAUCCAGACCAACCAAUCUAUGGAGUUGGCUAUUCUCUCGGUUCUAAUAUCCUAGGAAACUAUAUUGGAGAAGAGGGAGAAAAUUGAAUUUUGUCUGGAGCUGCUCUUGUGUGCUGCCCUUUCAAAACAGAUGAGGCUAGUAAAUAAAGUGGAAAGCUCAAACUUCGGUUUGAUCUCUAGAUGGCUAGCAAGAUGAUGUAAAAAGACAAUUCAAAAACAUGAAGAAAUGUACCCUUUAUUUUUACAAGAGCACAACAUCGAACUUUCUAGUAUUUUGAAGGAAAUUAAAAAGCUCAGAGAUUUUGACGAUAAGAUCACAGCAAAGCAGUUUGGAUACUCUUGAGUAAUGGAUUAUUAUCAAAAAUGAAGCAUUGUUUCAAAAAUGAAGAAUAUAAAAAUAAAAACUCUCUUUAUUUCAGCACUAGACGAUCCUUUCUUUGGCCCAGAUGUCAUCCCACACUCAGAAUUCCAAAAGAAUGAGAACCUUUAUUUAAUUGCUACAAGUGGUGGAGGACAUGUUGGGUUCCAUGACACUGUGCUUUCAAAGGAUCAAUGGCAUAAUAAGCCAAUGAUUAAGUUCUUCAACUAUCUCUCUAGCUCUGAGAGUAGGAUGUUUUAGAUCAGAUCACAGUGAGAAAUUAUAAUAAACUUCA